GGUCACCGCGGGCAGGGCCCUCGUGCGUGCGUCCGAGACGUGGUGCGGCCCUGAAGGGCGCAGAAGUGGGGCGAGGGCUGUUCUCUUGUGCGGCCCUCGAGGGUUCCUGCCCGCCGGUGCUGCCGCAGUGGAGCAAGGAAGUCCCGCUGCCCUCAGAGGUGUGCGCUUCUCCUCACAGCUCCCCAGGAGUCGCCUCCUCUGUCUCAGGCCCCCGUAGCCCUGCAGUCUUCGCAAUCAUAGGUCCGCCUUUAUAGGCGACCCCUGGAUCAGAAGGUGACCCUCAUCUCGGCCAGAAUUACUUGCUCGGGCACCUUUCUUUCACAGUGGCAUUAGGGUUAUCCUUUCCAUCCUUUUCCUCUUUGUCUCUAAGUGGAAUUUGUGUAUUCUGGCUAUCUCUGCCUUUUCUUAGGAAACCACUUGCAUUUUAUGUGAUUUUGCCCUUCUUCUGGCUAUUUAUUCUUCACUUGUCCCACAUGCUCCGUGUUUCACUUUUCUCCCUCCCUCUGCCUCUUUUAGGGCCUGAUUCUGGAUUUCCUCCUCCCUUGACCCUUUAGUGGUUGCUUUAGAGAUACAGGAAACAGCUGUACCUUAGCCCAGUCCCUUGCAGAUCCAGAUUUCUCGCCAGUGCCCUCUCCCUUUUGUCUUCGGACUGCCUUAGCAUUUCCUGUUGUUCAGGUCCACAGUAGAUUAUUCGGGGUUUUUUUUCUUUUUCUUUUUCUCCUUUUUCUUUGGUGCUAGAGAUCAAACCCAGGGCCUGAUCAAUACAGGCCAAGGGUGUACCCCUGAGCUGCACCCCACCUCUAUUUAGCUUAUGUGUGUUAGAAAACAUCUUUAUUUUGGGAAUAUUCUCCUAAGACAUAUUCUUUUUGGGGGGCAGAGAAUUAUGAGAUGAUUCUUUUCCUUUCAGCUUCAUCUCACUUCCUUGUUUCUGACUCACAUUGUAACUGCCGACUUGUCUCCAGUUAGCCUUAGUCCCUUUGUAUUGGACAUCUUUUUUCUCUGGCUAUUUUUAAGAUUUUUCACUGAUGUUCAGUGAUUUGAUUAGGAGACUUGGUGUUGAUUUCUUGUUACCAAACUUUUCAUUAUUUAGAAUGUUUUUCCUGACGCUCUUUGACCCCAGAUCUCCCAACCACACUCUGAGCAGUGGUCCUACAAGCUGCUUAUGGUGUUAUACACCUGAAUUUGGUAGGCUGAGUCAGGAUGAUCAUUUGAACCCACCAGUUGGAGACCAGCCUGGGCAAAGUAGUGGGACCCCAUUGUCCAGUAGCACACAGAUGCAUUGUUUAUUCUCUCUCCUGUUUUAUUUCAUAUGACUUCUGUGGCUAUGUCCCUAGGACCUUACAUCCAUGCCUUUAUGACUGACGUUUUCAUUUCCUGGCCUGAUGUUUUAUAGGAGUGACACAUUAUUUUAAUGUACAUGUGUGUAAUUUUAAGGUUCCCUACUUGACAAGCCAUGCCCCACUGUUGAAUCUGUGCACUGAAUCGAUCUGGUUGUUGCGAUCAUAUGACACUUGUAUGACAGUGGUUAUCUUGUCAUUAAUAAUAAAGGUAAUGCUCAGGAGCCAAGGGGCUGGUGUGAGAGUUUGUUUCCUUCUCCCACACUGAUGCGGUUCGGACAGGUCUGCUGCUGAUCUGUCUGUUCGUGGCUGGGGAUGCAUCAGGCUCCGGUCCCGACCAUCUGCAGGAUUUCUUGCUCCCUGGCUUCACCCCCGUGCUUUCCAGACACAUUGACUUUGGUUUCAGUUCAUUUGGACCGAUUCUUCCUUUGGGGACACAGCACCCCUCAGUGAGCCUUCACAGAGAUUAUAGAGUUUUUCUAAAUCAGUGCAAGCUUAAAAGGAGAGACCAACAUAAAAUUAAAGCUGUGUAACUACAUUCACUGUUUCUGUGUUCCGGUGAACUUACAUUGAUUUGUCUCCUCUAAGUGAGUAUGGACUCUACUCUCUCACAAGCACAGCCUGCCUGAUUAACCACACUUCUUUUGUUUCUCAGAACAAAUUGCCUCACUGUUGCAAGUGGGAAUUCCUGAAAGCUGAUUCCUUCCUCCCUGGCACCCUAGAAAGCAGGCUUGCUUGUAGCCAGUGUCGAAAUGAUCCAGACCCUUGCUGGCUUUCUUGCCUGCAGGACAUGGAGUCGGACAUUCUGCCAGUGUGCUUGGGAAGAGUGCAUGGUGACAGAAGAGGCGAUUCAGGGGUUCACAUUUUCCCAGUCAGCACACCAACCUGUUGCGACUGAUUUUCUUAUAAAAUCUUAGGUUCCAGCAGCUAGUAGGAUGUUCUGCUGCUCUGCGUAUUGAUGGUUUGGAUUUAAAAUUAUCCCUUAAAAGGCUCUUGCGUUCUGAGGGGGGACAUUUGGAAGGUGACUGGGUCACAAGGGGGUCCCACUCACACUUAGAAUCUGUUUUGUAACAAGCCCUGGGAGGGUCUGUGCACAUUAGGGUCUGUGUUCUUGUCAUCUUCACAAUCCUCCUACUCAAAAGAUUUUAUUGAUAUCCAGCUUUACCAUUAGUGAUUUUAAAAUUUUCAUUUGUAAAUGUUGUUAUUGGCAGUGUUGGGAGGUGAUGUGAACAGGAGGUGGAUCCUAGGUGAAGGGUGUGCAUCAUGGGGCAUGACCUUGGGGAUAACAUCUAGUCCCCAGGCGAUGAAGAUAGGUAUUAUCUCUUCCCUAGUCCCUUCCUCACCCUCUGUCUCUUUCUCUCCUUUUAUGUUUCCUGUCUGCCAUGAGAUAAACCACUUCCCUGUGGCACAUCGUUUCCACCAUGAAGCUCAGCCUCACCACCACCCAGGAACAACAAAGACUGAAACCUGAACUGAAACAUGGACUGAAACCUCUGAAUCUGCUGGCUGGUGAACCCUUGAAGUAGGGAUCAGGAGCAAGGGAUUUUGAGCACGCCCAGAGGGAGGUCCUGAGGUGACUGUGGCGGCUUCAUGUGGACACUGAGGAGCUCUCCACAGGAGAACCUCUGUCCUCUUGCUUGUGAAUGGUGACUGACUGUGGAGAGCUGAGGCCUCACCACUGCGGGCACCAAGCGGCUUCUUCAUUCGGUUCGUGUUGUGUUCGGGGUUCCAGGACCUGGUCUCCACACUCAGUGCUGGGCAGGGUUUCAUUUUCUACAGUCCUUCCCCUAGGAUGGGGCAUGGAGUAAAAUCGGAAACAUAAUUAGCAUCAAUGUGUGACUAAUACCUGGGUAGCAUGUGAAAGAAUCAUCCAGAGAUGGAGGACCCCGGGGACGAGAGCAAUGCGGAUGCGCCUGAGGCCCUCAGUCCCAUGAGGGAAGAGUUCUGGAGGACCGGGGGCAUCCGGAGGACCAUGAUCACACAGCAGGAGGGUGCCGGGAACACCGAGGCGGACCCUGCCCGGCAGCAGCCACUCAGCCCCUCCCUGCAACAUCGCGGGAGGCGGCCGAAGCGCCCCCAGCAGGUCGGAGAGCCCCAGAGCACAGGCUUGUGUCGAGGAGGGGACUCCCUGGCUGUGUCCCUGGAGGGUUCCGGAGAGCCAGCGUCCCGCCCAGGGUCUCCUGUGCACAGCGCCCUGGAAGGGCGCAGCGAGAGCAGCUCUGAGACGAAGUGUGGACCAGCGCCUGGCUCCGAGUGCGUGAAGCCUAGAGGUCGGGAUGAGCAGGGUGACAGCGCCGACAGUGACAUCGACGGCUUCACUGGGGAGGGACUUCAGAAUCGCCUCCCGAGGAAGCCAGAGCAAGAAUCAGCAGAAAGGGCCCCGAAGGGUGUCUGCAGUGGCCCGCGGAAGCCGCGUCCGGAGGAGGAGCCCAGCAAAGGCGUGGAGGUCCAGGCAGGCAGUGCCGGCCGCAAGGGGCCACCCUGCAGGCAGGACCCUGAGGCUGCUCGGGGGUCUGACCGAGAGUGGGAGUUGGAGGCAGUAGCGGUUCAGGGACCUGGAGACAAAGACCCCGGGGACCCGGGCAAACCUGGGCCUGAGUGUGAGGUUUCCGCCCCCAGCGCCCUCUGCCGCCAGCCUCACAGCAACAGGUUGGUGAUCUGCCCCGACCACGGUGAGGAGUGCUUCCGUGUUCACUGCGUGGGCAUUUCUGAGCCUCCGGGCUGUCUCUUGGAGAGGAACGGGGCUGAUCACGUCGACCUGAACGGCACCGCCCUGCAAGCGCAGGAGAGGACGUCAGAAGCCCCUGAUGCGCAGGGGCCUGGAUGCAGAUCCGGAGGUGCUGGCGUCACACAGGGCAAGAGCAGACGGGCCUGCCGGCGGAAGUCCCGGGCCGACCAGCGGAGCAGGAGUGAAAGUGAGGAAACCUCGAGCCCCAGGGGCGAGGAGGCCAUGGAGAUGUCCCCGCCUGUCACAGUGGCUCCUGGCACCGUGCCCUGUGCGUGCCCCGGGUGCUCCAAUAUGGCACAGCCUGACACAGUCUACUGCUGCAACGACUGCCUUCUCAGGCACGCAGCAACUGCUAUGAGAUUGCUCAGUGUACAUAAAAAACACAAACCAAAGCCGAAGAAGAAGAAGAAGAAGGUCAGGAUGAAGCCAGAAAAGCUCUGUCUCCCAAAACCUAGUGUUCAGGCGGGGAUGAAAAUGUCCUCUGUGCACGAGAGGCCAGCUCCAGAGGAAGCUGAACCCCCAGCGAAGAAGGUUACAGUGACUCCUCUUGGGAGCGACUCCAUGGGGAAGGCGGCGGCCAGUGAGAGCAGCACACCCUCCCGGGCUGGAGACCACAAGUGCAGCGCAGUGACGCCAGAGAAACCUGCUGCACCCUCCACACCAUGCUGGGGCCAAUCCCCCAAGGACCACAGGAGAGUGGAGGACAGAGUGGUGGGAGCAGCCUCAGGCCCAAAGGAAACAGCCCUUCCAGGCUCCUCAGGGGGCAGGCAGCCUUUGUGCAGAAGUCUCGCCACAAAGAAGGCCCGUCCUUUCGUUAACAAGGCAGCAGCCAAACCGGCCGUUCAGAAGUCAUCCUCAGGCUUCAGGGGCCCCAUCCCCAAGGGCCCCUGGCUCGGGGAGGCCCCAGCAGGGCCCUCAGCUGCCAGACCGGCAGGACCAAUGCCAGUUCCUCUGGCAAGCAAUUCCAAAAAGUCACCGUGCUCUGCAGCGUCGAUGGGAGCCACGAGGAAACCUGUGGUACCUUUGGUCCCCACAGCUUCUCCGGCCCCUGGGUGCCUCAGGCCUGUGGGUCCUGCCCUGUCACAGCCAGAGUCACAACUUCGGCAAAUUAUAAGACACUCCUUGAAGGAGAUUCUGUGGAAAAGAGUCUGUGAAAGUGGUGAUUUAAUCAGGACUGAAAAUGAGGUAGGAAAAACUGCCAUCCGCCUUGAGGAGGAGAUGUUUAACUUGUUCCGAGUUACAGAUCAUCGCUACAGGAGUAAAUACCGCAGCAUCAUGCUCCGCCUCAAGGAUCCUGCAAGUCAGGGACUCUUCCAUCGAGUAGUGCGUGAAGAAAUCUCUCUGGAGGAACUUGUGAGAAUGAAGCCAGAGGAACUGGUGUCUAAAGAGCUUUCCACGUGUAAAGACGGGCUGACAAAAUCUGAGCAGCAGGAGUCAAUAUGCACUGUACACACGAAGAUCACAGUGCCUCUCCCUGAUCCCCUUAGCAGCAUGUUGGAGGAUACGACAAGUCAGCACCGGGCCCACCUUUUUGAUCUAAACUGUAAAAUGUGUACAGGUCAGGUUCUGUCAGAAGAUGAACCAGCUCCUAAAAAACAAAAACUAUCACCUUCUGCCAAGAAAUUAGACUUAACAUCCAAGCCCAGAAGCGCUGCACCUGAUCCAGUUCCUCACUUGUCUGAGGAAGGCUCUGCACUGACUCUGCCCAAAGAUGCCUCUGAGCCACAUCUGGAAAGGGCCUCUGGUCCAACGCCAGAGAGAAACAUUUCAGAGUCCUGGUCCCCCCGGAUAGGAGGCAAGGCCCUGCCUUUGUCUCACCUCAGCAGCAUUUGGAAAGGCCUCAUUAACAUGCAGAGCGUAGGCAAAUUUGUCACCAAGGCGUGUCCUGUCUCUGGGAACUCUGUUUAUCUCGGAGAGGACUUGCCAGAUACGAUCCACAUCGGUGGGAGGAUUGCUCCGAAGACAGUGUGGGAUUAUGUCGGCAAGCUCAAGUCUUCUGUGUCUAAGGAGCUCUGUCUGAUUCGCUUCCACCCUGCGACCUGGGAGGAGGAGGGCACCUACAUAUCUCUCUACUCCUACUUUCGCAGCUGCGGCCACUUUGGGGUUGUAGCGAACACCAACAGGCGGAUCAAGGACCUCUACUUGAUCCCACUGAGUGCUGGGGACCCCGUGCCACCCAGGCUCUUGCCCUUGGCGGGACCAGGCCUUGAGUCCCCACGUCCAAAUUUGCUCCUUGGGUUGGUCAUCAGUGAGAAACAGAAACGUCUGCCAGACACUGGGGAGCUGGACAAGAUGAGGGAGAAGCAGACCCCCCUGGAUGCGCCAGGCUGUCCCAGCCUCCCUGCAGCCCCUCAGCCCAAGAGGAAGCCCCCCAAGAGCCAGCUGUGCUCUGCAGCUGAGGGGUCCCCACCACCUCUGCUGCCUCUUCCUGAGCCCCCUGUGUUGAAAACACUGUCGUCCCUCCUCCCUGUGGCCACCUGCAGUGUCACCACUCCCACUACAGCAGUACCAGUGCCCCUGGCAGCCUCACCUGUCACUUUGAGGCCUUCAGACCCAGCCUCACCACUACACUUCAUCCUGCGGACUCUCUUUAAAGGGACUUCUUUCCAGGCCCCUCCCCAGGACCCUGCAGGCCUGACUCCAACUCCCCAGCAGGACCGAAAAGCCCAGGCCCAGGAAGGGGCAUCAGGAGUGCUGCUCCUCGAUCCCAUUGUUCAGCAAUUUGGCCACUUCAUGGACAGUGGCCCCCAGGAGGAGGAGGAGGAGGAUGACAGGCUUUAUAACCCAGAGGAAGGGUACAACAUGCAGCCAGCCUUCGACCCCUGGCUUGCUGAGAGGGGGAAGUGGCAGGAUGGGGGAAAGGCCCUGGACGCUUCGGAGGAGGCAGCGGUGGCCUACGACCCGGAAGACGAGACCUUUCUGGAGGCGGCCAACGUGACCGUCGCUGACCUGCCCAACGUGAUGUGUGCAGAUCUCCGGGAGAGGCCCGGAGAACACACCAGAUACUGGCCCCCUCCUGCUUGGGGGCAUCAGAGAAUUUGGGAGGACUUAAAGUCAUCACUGGCCAAAGCGGAGCUGCUUCCCCAGGAGCACCGGGCCCUAGACCAGAGUCAGGGAGCCCUUGGCACAAACCAUACCUCCUACUCAGGGCUCAGUAGAGACCCCCAGCAGGCCAGGCACCUAGGUGAGAGCAGCAGGUAUGAGGCCCUCGCCAGAGCACCAUGGUGGUAGGAACGUCUCGUGAGGGGUGGCGGCUCUGAGGGAGGCCCUGCAGGCAGGGAAGACAAAGCCACAUCCAGAGUUUGUGCCCCCCACCACCCUGUGUCUGGCUGCCCUGCCGAGUGACGCCACGGGCUCGGGGAAGGAGGGGAGAGGUGCUGCUUAGUGAGGGCACAGUGGGACAGCCAGCAUGGGCCUCCCCUCCAGCAGUGCCCAGACCCUGCCUGCUGACCUCCCAAGGGCCAAACAAGGAGCCUGCUUUCUCUGGGGCUGGACGUUCGGGUCUCACAUUUACUCUGCAGCCAGGUCCUGGAGGUGACUGGUCCUGCAGGUUUGGUCCCCAUGUGUGGGUUCAAUGCUCAUCAGAUAGACGGGGGAGCCUGGUCCCCUCUAGCCUCACUCUGGGGCUCAGGAAGCCCCUGCCUGAGAGGAAGGGGCUUCACUGGAUGCCGGGCCUCCCGGGGCCACACUCUG